CUGCAACAUAACUGUGUCCUGUAAAAAAAGAGCGAUGUUAAUUUGAUGUAAUAAAAUAGAGUGAUUGUUUCUGUCGCGUUUGACCUCUUCAGACAGAGUUGGACAAACAAGCAGGACAGACCCUGCACAACAGCUGCUGUCCAUCAUGGCAGGUGAUAUGAUGUUAUUGAUGCGAGGCCUAGCUAAGCUCAGCCAGGCAGUGAUAGAAACACAGAGCAACACCCUGCGCAAUGGGACAGUUCCAGGUGUUGGUGCUGCUGUUCAAAGCGUCCAAUCGGCUGCUGAGCAAGGCCUCUCUGCUGCCAUGAUGAAAAUGCAGGAGCUAUCUGGCCAGCAGCAAGCCUCUUCCUCAGAGUCAGACUUCGACUUUCCUAACGAUGAGUUCAAGGAGGAAGGUGCAGACUUUAUGACAGAUCACAAAGGAAGUAGUGAUGAGGGAGCCGCCAAGCACAGUGCAGCAGAAGGGAGCCAUGUUAGUGGGAAACAGUCGUUGUUUGAGGGAUACAAAGAUCCCAGCAACCAGUUUAAACAGACCAGAUCUUACCACCAUGACUCCAGGCGUUUCGUGGGAAAUCAUCAUCUCUACAACCACAGUCUGAACAGGCAUAUGUGGGGACAGCUUCACUGUCAGCAUUCGAUCAAACAAGUUAGGAGCUACCAUCAGGACCCGUCCACAGUUGGAGGGCUGACAGCCGAAGACAUCGAUAAAGCCAGACAGGGCAAGAGGGCUGAGACCAAACCACACAAACAGAUGUUGAGCGAGAGAGCCAGAGAGAGGAAAGUACCAGUGACCCGGCUUAGCAGACUGGCCAACUUUGGAGGUUUAGCUGUAGGUUUGGGUAUUGGAGCACUGGCAGAAGUCGCUAAGAAGACCAUGAGACACACUGGUGCCGCUGCAGCAGGUGAAAAUAAAAAGUCCGUUCUGGACUCAAGCCCGUUUCUGUCCGAGGCCAACGCCGAACGCAUCGUCAGAACUUUGUGCAAAGUCAGAGGAGCGGCAUUAAAACUCGGACAGAUGCUCAGCAUUCAAGAUGAUGCAUUCAUCAACCCUCAACUCGCCAAGAUCUUUGAGCGCGUGAGACAGAGUGCUGACUUCAUGCCAAUCAAACAAAUGACGAAAGCAUUAAACAGUGACUUGGGUCCUAAUUGGAGAGACAAGCUCGAGUCAUUUGAAGAGCGUCCGUUUGCAGCGGCGUCCAUUGGCCAAGUUCACCUGGCGAGGAUGAAGGACGGCAGGGAGGUGGCCAUGAAAAUACAGUAUCCCGGUGUGGCUCAGAGUAUCAACAGUGAUGUCAACAACCUGAUGACGGUGUUAAAUAUGAGCAAUGCCCUACCUGAAGGUCUGUUUCCAGAGCACAUGAUAGAUGUGAUGAGAAAGGAGCUAGCACUGGAGUGCGACUAUAUCAGAGAAGCCAAGUGUGCAAAUAAAUUUAGGGAGCUGUUGAAGGACCAUCCGUUCUUCUAUGUACCAGAGGUGAUCCAGGAGCUGAGCAGCAACCAUGUCCUGACUACUGAGCUUGUCUCUGGGUUUCCUCUGGACCAGGCGGAGAACCUCACACAGGAGCUGAAGGAAGAGAUCUGUCAGAACAUCUUGGUGUUGUGCCUCAGAGAGCUGUUUGAGUUCAGGUACAUGCAGACCGACCCGAACUGGUCCAACUUCUUCUAUGAUCCACAGACACACAAGGUGGCACUGUUGGACUUUGGAGCCACCAGAGGAUUUGAUCUAAGUUUCACUGAUGUCUACAUAGAGCUUAUCCGGUCAGCUGCUGAGGGCGACAGAGAGGGAGUUCUGAAGAAAUCUAUUGAGAUGAGGUUCCUGACUGGGUAUGAGUCCAAGGCGAUGGUGAACGCCCAUGUGGAUGCGGUGAUGAUCCUUGGUGAGGCCUUCGCCUCUGAAGAGCCCUUCGACUUUGGUGCCCAGUCCACCACCGAGAGAAUCCACAACCUCAUCCCUGUGAUGCUCAGGCAUCGGCUAACGCCGCCUCCCGAGGAGACGUACUCACUGCACCGCAAGAUGGGCGGCUCGUUCCUCAUCUGCUCCCGGCUGCAUGCAAAGCUGCGAUGCAAGGACAUGUUCCAAGCGGCAUAUCAGAAGUAUUGGGAAGGCCGCACACCGCCCUCUCGUUCAGCCUGAGCCAGUCCCAAUCGUCAGGCGGUUUGAUGGACAGGUCCUGGGGCCAACAGCAAAGGCGGCAAGGUCAAAGUGUGUGACGCUGCAGAGCUGCAGAUAAAACAGUUCAAGAGGAGGCCAUGUUACCCACCUUUAACUGUCACCGAGCACAAGCUUAUCUUUCCCAUUUUGGGCAUCCCACUACAAUGAGGUUUUGCAAGGCACUCAUACAUAUUUACAGUCACCGUUUCUUAGUUUGAAAGAGGGAGCAGCAGCACGGCUUUAGUAGUGCUUUAAACUCUUACCUAUAUAUGGCCCUGAGAGGACAGACUGAAAAAAGGUGGGAGGUGGAUGUAAGCAGAGCGAGAAACAGCCUUGAAUAGGUGUAAAAUGAAUGUAAAAGGGUAGGAAUUUUAUCUCUUCUCUGAUGUUUUGUUUUGCUGUGUUUUGUUGAUUUGCGGAUAAUCAUAUCAACUGUCUGGUUGGCCAAAAAUAUCAUAGGUGGUAAAAUGAAAUGUUGACUGUAUUAAGAAACAGGACUGAACUUUUACUGUAAACCCAAAGUUAUGAAACAAUGGGGUUAUUACUGUAUAUGGGCAGUAUCAGUCACAGUUAGUGUCGGCCAACAUGUCUGACUUCUAUUGCUUUUUUCAAACUUCUGUCUGAAUACUGGAUGUUGUCAAAGGAAAUUAGAUUUUCUUGACAUGAAUAACUCAGACUUGGUUGUAAAAUUAGAAAUCAGAUGAGAUGUAGCAUCAAAAGACAGAGCCAGUGUUGAAGUCGACAUUUUGCCAAUUGAUCAAGUCCAGAGUCAUUAACGGUAGAAAAUGUGACAAACUGGGAUUUGUCAACAUUUAUACACAAGAAGGGUCUGACUUUUAAGUCAUGUAUGUGUAGUGUAUCUUCUGUAUCAGUGUAGCCAUUGAGAUUUACAGUGCUGAAUGCUGCCAUUCACCUAGUUGCUUUUGAUAGCUUUUAGCUUUUUGAGUAGAAAGUUUGUGGUACAUUUAAACCGUCAGUUUGUUUCAAGUGACCAUUAACAAGACCUCCAGUAUCUGUAUGUUUUGACGAACCUCAGGUUGAAGCAUGGUUUUACUCAGUGUCUGUUAAUAGAUUUUUCCCCUUUUUGUCCUGUCGAUGGUUGCAUCUGAUGGUGUCUUUAAACAUAUGGUACAGACUUAUCAAUGAAUUCCAGCUGAUGAAUAACAAAAAAAAAAAAUAGCAUUGUGACUCAGAAUUACGGUUUUAAUUCUGAAAUAACAAGAAAUAACAAGAUUCAGUUCUUCUAGUACCAAAGCCUGAUUUGUAGUAGGUGAUUGUAAAAUGUGAAAUGAAACCACACGGAUCCUUGUUGCUCUCUGAAAGAAGAUCAAGUCUGACAGGAACACCGGGCCUGUCAUGAAUGUUAAUGAACUACCGGGAUGGAAGAGGCUCAUCCUGAUAUCGCACAAGCCCGGCUCGUUGGGGCUCUCCUCGCUCCCGCAAGUCGGUAAUCUCUCUCUCUGCGCCUUCUCGGGUGCGAAAUCCUCCGUCACCUGGCUGGCGCGCGUGUGACUGCGAAAGUUCUCUCUACUCUGCUGUGUGAAUACAGUUUUAAUGGUCUCUGUGGUGUGAAGCUGAAAGAAAAAAAACAAAAAAACUGAGGUGCCUGUAGUUGCCAGUGAGGGUAGAAAUUUCUCCUUUGUAUUUCAUAUCAAGACUUGAUGAAAAGAUGGUUUAAAUUUUCUAAUCAAAAUGCAUUCUUUACUGAAAGUUGUGAUAAAGAUAUUGUAUGGAAAAGAGUAAAUGUUUGAUCUAUACUUGUCA